AUGACUUUAGGCUCAACAGAGAUGAAUGAAAACACCACACCAUUAGCUGAUGGACAGCAAAAACUUACAGAAGACAACAUAUGUAAAACACCAAGACACUCGCGAUGGACCAGGCAAGAAACACUUGUUCUCAUACAAGGAAAAAAGGUUGCAGAGGAAAGAGCUCAUAGGGGGCGUAAAUCCACUUCUAUUUUCGGUUCAGACAAGGCAGAACCCAAAUGGGAUUCGGUCUCCUCUUACUGCAGACAACAUGGAGCAGACAGAGGAUCUGUUCAAUGCAGAAAACGUUGGAGCAACAUGAUCAGUGACUUCAAAAAAAUUAAAGCAUGGGAAUCACAGGCAAAUGGAAGCAGCGAAUCUUAUUGGAAUAUGAGUAACGAUCUAAGGCGAGAGAAAAGGCUACCAGGUUCUUUUGACAGAGAAGUUUAUGAUGUCUUGGAUGGGAAGGAAGUCACAGAAGAAGCAUACCAACUAGCUCUGGUAACUAUAACCACAGAUGAUAAAUAUGACUAUGGGAUAGAAACAGUUGAAGAAGAGGAACAGGAAGAGGAAGAGGAUGACGAUGUUUCUCAUACAGGGGAAUAUAUCAUGGCAGAUGAUGUUCUGCAUCCAGCCAUGGAGGAAAUUGGAAGCAACCCAAUGAAGGAACGUGCAGUCAAAGAUAAAAAAGCUAAGUCCAUUCCCUCUCCAACGCCUAUAUCAGGUACAGCUGAAGGAGAACAGCCUGGAUCAGAUUUCUGGAAUAGCCCCGUGUUUCAGAGCGGAGUGAAGAGAAGAAGACAAUCAUCAGAUGGUUGUAUUGAUAGUAGUCUGGGAUAUAAGCUGCUGAAAACUCUGGAGCAAAACACCAGUAUGCUUCAUGCACAACUUGAUGCUCAAAUGGAAAAUCGUCAACUGGAUAGGGAGCAGCAGAAGGAACAGACUAAUAGUUUAAUUGCUGCUCUUAACAAGGUAGCUGAUGCAGUAGCAAGAGUUGCUGAUAAGAUUUAAUGGAUAAAUACAAAUUCUAAGAUAAUGCCAAUUUAACAGUAGGUUUUGGUUAUUUAUCAAUUAUUAUUGUUCUUGACACUGAUUACGAAAUAUUGUUGCUGGUUACUUGGUUUUGAAAACCAUAGGAUUUUAUUUACAUAUGUGAAUGACGGUCUUUUCUGUGAUGAAUUUAACUAGUACCAAUCUAUCUGAAAAACCUUGAUUAUAAUUGGACAUACGAAAGCAAACACUUAGCAAGAAACUGAAUGUACGUUUUUCCUUUUUCUUCUUUUUCUGGGUUGUACUAGAAAUAAAUAAGAUGAAAGGAACCCGCAAGGGUGGCUCAGUUGGUUGAGCAUGGGGCUUUAAUAAUGGAGGUCUCAGGUUCGAAACCCCCUACUUACGACAGCAGGGGAUUUGCCUUCCAGAUCGAGCUCGUCGCAUGGGACUUGCCUAGUGCGGGUUACCUCUCCUGUGUGGUUUGCGAGCUAUUGCACAGGAGCUGAGUUUACCCUGUGUGCACCCAAAGGAUAGCGGCUACGGGUUCCCGUGUCAUCAAAAAAAAAAAAAAAAAAGAUGAAAGGAUAUGCCAUAAGAAGGUUAAGUGGUCCUCAAUUAGAUUAUUGGAAACUCAUAGACGAGUAUCCAUUUCUUAAAAUUAAAUCAUAAGGGAAGAGGCUAUGUUUGAAAAGCUUCACUCUCGAAUUCUUAUGUUCAAUCUCAUCCCUGAACUGGAUUACUUGAUAGUUUCUCCAAGGGAAGAGGCUAUGUUUGAAAAGCUUCACUCUCGAAUUCUUAGGUUCAACCUCAUCCCUGAACUGGAUUAUUUGAUAGUUUCUCCAAUUUUUAUCCCAAAUGCUUAACACCAUUCCACUAAUAAUUCUCCCUCCGUUCACUUGUACUUGUCCACUAUGGACUUUGCACACCCCUUAAAAAAUAAUAAAUGAAAUGCAUAAUUUACCAUGAUACUCAUAUUAAUCGGUGCAUAUUUUUAAUGAAUUUGAAAAAUGAUUUGACAUGAGUAAUUAAUACUAUGGGUAAAACAGGA